GACUUCCAUCCAACUUCAGAGUUCCCUCUCGCUUCGGUAUCAAGACGAGUCAAAUUAGGGAGAAAAGGAGGAGAAAAGUUCAUGUCGGACUUUCGAAAGGAGCGCUAAGGACCACAUGAAGUCCAAGCUGAACAUGGAGAGUUUGACCAAGCCGGAGCUGCUGAUGCUCUUUAGCAUCCUGGAGGGAGAGCUGGAAGCACGAGACAUGGUCAUUGACGCGCUCAAGGCUCAGCGCAAAGAGUUCUUCGUGCAGGAGCGCUACGGCCGCUACGACCUCAGCGAUCCGUUCCUGGCCCUGCAGAGAGACGGGGAGGCCGUGGGGGCCCACCGGGGCAAGGACCACCCGGCCACCUCCAACCCGUUGGUGGUGCUCAAGCUGGUGGUGAGCCACUGCAGGAGGAUGCAGGAAAAAAUGCUGGCCCAGCUGGCAGCAGCGGAAAGCAGGCACAGAAUGGUUAUCAUGGACCUGGAGGAGGAGAAGAGGAAGCACGCCGAGGACACGGCCGAAGGUGACGAUGUCACCUACAUCCUUGAGAAGGAGCGGGAGCGCUUACAACAGCAGCUGGAAUUUGAGCGCAGCCAGGUGCGGCGUUUGGAAAAAGAACAGCGGCGCGUCAUUGAUCAGCUGGAGGAGGAGAGAGCGCAGCACAAGCAGCUCUCCUGCGCUCUGGCCAAAGAAUGCAAGUGGGCCAGUGCCAGAGCCCUGGAGGAGGGCCACCGCCUCGCCGAGGCCGGACGCAAGCUGGACAAGGAGAGGGAGGCCUGCCAAGCCCUGAAGGAGGAGCUGGAGGAAGAGAGGAGGCGAGCGCUGAGGAUGGAGGCCAGGGUGGAGGAGCAGCUGGCCGAGUUCGACACAGAGCGCGAGCAGCUGCGCUCGCGACUCAAGAAGGAGGAGGCGCACUGCGCUAGACUGCAGCAGCAGGUGGAGGAGCUUCAGAGAAAGCUGAACGUUGUCAGCGUGGUGGCAGACGUUCAAGAGGAAUGUGAGCAGUGGGCCACAAAAGUUCCGUUAGGAAAGAAGACGACAGAAACGAAGCUGGAACACAACAAGGAGGAAGGCCACCGGGGAACUGUGGAGACAAAAGUCAACGGGCAUCAUUUUGCGACAGAGGCCGUCGAGGGUCUUAAUGGCGGACCGCCAAAUGGUAAUCCUGCAGGUCACCAGACUCUGAGUUCCUCCCCGUGCACUUCCCCCGUCUUAACUAAACGUCCGAGUGGUCCAGCGGUUUGCAAGUCCUCCUACCAAGCCGGAAUCAACCAGCGCUUCCACGCCGCCCGCCACAAGUUCCAGACGGUGCCCCCCGACCUCGAGUCCACCCAGCCCUCCCCCGGCACCUCCCCGCCUCCUCCUGCCGAGUCCAGCAAGCAGAUGGCCCGCAGCACCGUCACCCAAGUUCUGUCCCGCUUCACCACCACGCAGCAGACGCCCAAACUCUCGGCACCCAACCACUCUCCCUUCGGAACCGACUACCGCUGCUUGGCGGCCCCCUUGUCCCCCGUCGCGGGCCGAGCGGCGGCCCCUCCUCAGGGUGUCCGUUCGCCCACAAUCCCCAGGGCGGACAGGGGAAAUCCUCCUCCCAUCCCGCCCAAGAAACCUGGCCUGGCUCAAGCUCCGCCCUCUCCGGCCGCCGUCCCGAGGUCGGGCGGCCAUUUUAACGAUGGCCCGCUCUCGGGAAGCUGCGGCCUCACGUCCGGCCAAGACAGCGUCAAAGAACUGGAUGUGGUGCUUUCGUCUAAUUGACAUCAAACACUUUUAUAUGAUUUUUAUAUUUAUUAGGGCUGUAUAGAAAUAUUCAUCAGCUCACACGGUUGUUGAUAGAGCAAUACAGGAAUCCCCCAGUCUUUGUGGGGUUAGGGUCCUAGCCACAAGUAUUUGAUGCCCCCUGCAAAAAAGUUUAUAAUUGUCUAUAGCUGCCACAAGAUGGCAGCAAAGCACUACAUGAAGCUCCUCAACUCACUUCAACAUAGUUCCUUGGCCCUGCAAUUCGUAGGGGGAUGGGGACCGAGCCCUGCCAUGAUGAGCAACCCCCCAAAAUGAAAUUAAUUUAUAAUUGAUGAAUGAAGUUAUAAUUGCCGAUAUAACUAGUUUUAAGUACUGUAAACAUACCACAAACUGGGAUCCAAAAAAACUUAAAUAUCAUUUUAAAAUCUUCUUUGAAACAUUACCCUUAAAAUUAACUGGCCUAUGGGUUGAUUUUCCAAAAAAAUGCACCCGAAGUGUGCGUGUACACGCACAUGCGGCGGAGACUCUCUCAUCACUUCUUCCACUAAUAACCCAGGCUAAACAUAGCUCCACCCCGACAUACAAAGCUUGUCUUUCAAUCAGGAUGUAUCACUUCGACGCCCCAUGACACCGUGUACUACUUUGCUGUGAGACAGGGCUUUAGUGCCAUCUUGUGACAUCUUCGGGCAUUUCAGAAAGAGCCCGAAAACCGCAAAUAGGUUAUUAGUUUUCAGUGAAUAGCUGGGGAUAGGUUCCACCAAAAAAAAAAAAAAAACAAUAGGUGAAUUAAAAUAGUGAACCCCGUUUAUGUGGGGGAUUACUGUACUCUUUAUUCUAUUAAUAUCUGUCACAAUAUAUUUGUACUCAUUUUCUUAAUAUGCAAUCAUUAAUCAUUGCUUUUAGUAAUAUAAAACUGUACAGUUUUCUUUUGGUAAAGUUUCCUUACGUACUAUAUUAUAAAAGAUAUAGUUUUAUACAAUGCUGUGAAUGUUGCAUAUAGUUAUGAUGAAGAUCACACUUGUAUUAUAUUAUACAUGGUCACAAGCCCGGUACAAUUAUAUAUCUAUUUUUUAAUAGAUUAAUACAACAGCAAAGUUGCUAUUUUUGUUUACUAAUUGUAACACAUUCCUCUUCUGUGUAUGCUGGAAGGUUAAAUAAAUG